AUGUCUCUGAGGCUGCUGCCCGGCUUAAUGGAUAACGACGAUGACGAUGAUGGGACGAUGAAGUGGAUGAGCAGCUACUGGGGUCACGGGGCCGAGGAGGGAAGGACUCGAGAGCAGAGGGGCAGCUUCAAGAGGAGCAAGACCCCCGGAGAGAGGAGGGCCUCGCUGCCCACCGUGUCUCAGUUAGACGCCAUGAGUCUGCAUCGACUCCACGCAACAGCCAUUUCCUCCUCCUCAGGCCACGGGAAGAGGGAGGAAAAGGGGGAGAUGAGAGGGGAGAUGAGAGGCGAGAUGAGGGGGGAGAUGAGAGGCGAGAUGAGGGGGGAGAUGAGGCAGCACCAGAGAGCUCGUCGGGCCUCCUCAGACGACAACAGCUGGUGCAAAACUUCAGUAGCAGAGAACCGGAUCAGCACCAUCCCAGAACUCACCGAGUCCUUCGAGAGGAGGCUGCAGCUGAGGGACACGAGGAGAGAGGCCCCGGCUGAUGAGGACAGGUUGUGUCCGAUCUGUGAGGAGGAGACGCUGCAGAGCGGAGUGAAACAGCUGCUCUGUGCACACCGCGGCCACAAAGAGGAGGCGGCCUGUCGGGUCAGGAAACCUUCAGAGGAGAGGAGGAGGUCUGAGGACGGCCUGAUCCCCUCUGAGAGAGAACAACACACACCCUGCAGGAAACUGUCUCUGAGGAGACAUCGCUGA